AUCGCGCGCGCGCGCACGGCGGUUCUAGUCACACGGGAGCGCGCUCGCGCAGCCGCAUCAGAUGAGACUCGCAGUUGAGAUCAGAUCCAGACUAACCACAGUCAUUAUUACAGAAACCUCUGAAAUCAAGAAAGUCAUCUGUUCGUCGCGGAAUUAAACGCGACAGAAGAGCGUUCACAGUCGUUUGAUGCUCUGUUGAUGCGUCAAGUUGUGUUUCUGCUGUGUGUGAAACAGGAUCAUAAACAUCAUGUCACUGUAUCCCUCUCUAGAAGACAUGAAGGUGGAUAAGUUCAUCCAGGCUCACAACACACCCACCGCCAGCCCGUCGAAAGCUUUACCUCUUCCAGAAUCAUCCAGAACCCAGCAUGAGCUGAGCAUCAGUUACUAUGAGUCAAAGACUGAAGAGACGGGCACGUCAGGCAGGUUGUACCCGGAGCUGAAUGAGUUUAUGGGUUUAAACCUCAGUGCAGAUGCUCUACAGACUUUUUCAUCUUCAGUCCCCGACCAGAGCAGAGGGACUCUCAGUGUCCGGGCGUCCGGCGCGAGCUGGGCGGCAGCACCAAUAACAGGGAGUGACAUGGGAGUGAAGAGGGCUGAGAUUCGACAGGGUGUACGGGAGGUGGUGCUUUGCAAAGACAUGGAUGGGAAGAUUGGUCUCCGUCUCAAAGCCAUUGACAAUGGUGUGUUUGUGCAGCUGGUGCAGGCGAACACCGCCGCAGCGCUGGGUGGAUUGCGGUUCGGAGAUCAGAUUCUGCAGAUCAACGGCGAAUCGUGCGCCGGCUGGAGCAGCGAUCAAGCGCACAAGGUCCUGAAGAGCGCCAACGCAGAGCGCAUCACGCUGGCCGUGCGAGACAGGCCACUGGAGAGAACCGUCACCCUUCACAAGGACAUGAGCGGACAACUGGGAUUCAUCUUUAAAAAAAGCCGAAUCACUUCAAUAGUGAAGGACAGCUCAUCGGCACGAAACGGACUCCUCACCGACCAUCAGAUCUGUGAGAUCAACGGUCAGAACAUCAUUGGACUGAAGGACCCCCAAAUCACCGACAUCCUUAAUUCCAGCGGGGGUGUCGUCACGGUAACGGUGAUGCCGGUGGUUAUCUUUGAACACAUGAUGAAAAGGAUGUCCAGCAGUAUUGUGAAGUCGCUAAUGGAUCACGCUGUCCCCGAGGUGUGAGGUGCUUCCGAUCGCUACCGUACGGCAAAGGGGGCUUCGUUGCACGAGGGCUCGGUUUGGAGGCGUUUGCACCGCGGAUGUUUGCGUUUGUGUGUGAUUUUGUGCAUGUGUGUGAGAGCGACCAUCAACAGACAGACACGAGAAAACAUUCAGUUUUACCUUGAAAUAGUUCACCCAAAAAAUCUUCAUGUAGUUCCAAACUCCUAUGACUUUCUUUAUUCCAUGAAAAACAAACUUUCUUGCUAUAAAUAUGAAUAUCAUAAUAGAAUAAUUAUAACUGUCCAUGUGUCCCAUAUACUAUGUUAAGUCUUCAAAAGUUACACGGUACAACAGCAUUAUUGUUUUCCGGGACUGUUCUGUUAAAUGUGUAAAAGUAAAUACAUUUUAUGAUACUUCAAUCUUCCUUGUUGUUCACAGAUCUCAACAGCAUCUCUAAGGUUUGGAAAGACAUGACUAAGUUAAUUAUGACAGUAUUUUUAUUUUUGGGUGUACUGUUGCUUUAAAUAUUCUCCUUCAUCUUUAAAUACAACAUGCAGAGCUGGGUAGUAACGGAUUACAUGUAAUCUGGAUGACGUAAUCUGAUUCCAAAAAUCAAGUACUCGUAAUUAGAGUAAACUACAUUUUAAAAUACUCGUAAUCAGACUACAGUUACUUUUUUAUGGAUUACAUAUUAUUCACAGAAUGCCAGUAAGUCGUUUACAGUUUAGUGAUUCUCCUACAUUUUUAUUUCAGCUUUUUAGAUUUUUUAAAUAAUAAACAUAUCUACUAUUUAUAUAUGUUUGUGGUUCUUCAAGUUUUUUCUGAGAGGGAAAGGGUUUGGAAUCGCACACAGAGAUGCAAAAUGGAGCAGCACUCAGCAUUUGACCGCUGAAUGUAUAGACACAAGGGGUGUGACAAGAAAUGUACCCCUCGAGAUGAGAUGAGACACAAGAUUGUGUUCACAAGAACAAGACAAGAUUUUUACAGUAUUUUUAAGGAAUCCUCAGUGAUGAAAUAUAUGAAAAAUAGUAUUUUAUUCAACUGAAAAUCACAAAAAAAUCAGCUUUAAUGAAUGUCAUUUUACGUCUAGUUUUAUGAAUUAUAAUAUGAUUUAAAAGUGGCAGGGCAUCUUUAAUACUAAUUUCACCGUCAAACUCCAUCAAAAAAAAUCUUCUCUCGAGAUCUUGUGGCACGAGAUCUUGUCGCACCCCUAACAGACACCAUUUCAUUUUUAAGGAAACUCUUGGGAGAACUUCAUUGUUACUAUCAGUAAACACAAACAGCAAGUUAUAUGAGUGUUAGCAUUUUGUCUUUACUGCACUUUAAAAAGAUGUCGAGGCUCUUGUUAGUGAUAAAGAAUGGAAUAUAUAUUUUUAUGUGUAAUUCAUAAUCAUUAACGGAUUACAAUUCAUAAGCAAUCUACCCAGCUCUACAUGUAACGCCUGAAGGUCAUUUGAAAUCCUCUCAGUUCUCAAAACAUCCCACAAAAAUAAAUAUUAAAAUAUAUAACAGCUUGCUGACACCAUUUUAAUGAUAAUAAUGCAGGUACAAAUACAGUUUGAAAGCCAUUUAAAUCUAUGCACCGCUGAAAAAAGUUGUGUACAUGAAAAUGCAGGAGAGUUAAGAGAUCAGUUCUGUUUGUGUUUGUUUCUUUGUUUGUUUGUUUUGUACAUAGUAAGCAUUGCAAUAGAUUGCUUUCCUCAGAAUCGGUUUGUAUUUACUGUAACUCGCUGGCUUACAAAUGAGCAGCACAAUGUUGUGAAACUGCUGUUAUAUGCUCAUCUGAUAUCAGGUGUUUCUUCUCUUAAAGAAAUAUUGUUUAUUAGACCUAUUUACAACUUCGUGUCUAUCAACAGAAUCUGUUUGUGCUGUGAUUUAGAGCUAACUUUGCUCUCAUUUUGUUGCCAAUAUAAAACAUUGUGAUUAUUGCGAUGAUUUUAAUGUUCUUUUUAUGUGGCGUGGUUGCAACCUGCACUCAGGUCAAUCCUGCAGGGAAAAUUAGUGUAAGAAAACCCAAAGAAAAGAGAUAAAAGUAUGUGGAGACACAACAGACACUAAGGAGACUGAUGUAGAAGUAAUAAACACAAUUGACCACACUUGUUCUGUCUUUCUUU